CCAGGCUGUGGGCCUGGCUGCCGUUGCCGCCGCUCGCGCUGCCAGAGAGAUCUGAAGAGGCGCCCAGGCCGCGGGGCCUCGCCGCCGCCCGCUGGCCCACGACCGGCGCGCCAACCUGCUUUGUGUGGACCCGGCCGGCGGGGAGCGCCGCCCGCGACCCGCGGAGCCUGAGGCCCGCCACCCUGCGGCUGCUUCUCUCCCGCGGCGCGACCCGGGAUCCCCGCGAGCACCGCGGCGGUGCGGGCCAUGGAGUGAGGAGGCGGCGUGGGAGGAGGAAGAUGGCGGCGGGCAAGAGCGGCGGCAGCGCCGGGGAGAUUACUUUUCUGGAAGCUUUGGCUAGAUCAGAGUCUAAGAGAGAUGGAGGUUUUAAAAAUAAUUGGAGCUUUGAUCAUGAAGAAGAAAGUGAAGGAGAUACAAAUAAAGAUGGGGCAAAUCUACUUAGUGUAGAAGAUGAGGAUUCUGAAACCUCGAAAGGCAAAAAGUUAAAUCAGAGAUCUGAAAUUGUUGCUACUAGUUCUGGUGAUUUCAUCUUGAAGACAUAUGUGAGACGAAACAAGACUGACAGCUUUAAAACUUUGAAAGGCAACCCAAUUGGAUUUAACAUGCUGAGCAGCAGUAAGAAACUGAGUGAAAAUACACAAAACACACCAUUAUGCUCUGGAACUGUAGUUCAUGGUAGACGUUUUCAUCAUGCACAUGCACAGAUCCCAGCAGUCAAAACAGCAGCUCAAAGCAAUCAGGACCGAAAAGAAAGGAAAGAAUACCCACCUCACGUCCAAAAAGUUGAAAUUAAUCCUGUAAGGUUAAGUCGGUUCCAAGGUGUAGAACGCAUAACAAAGAAAACAGAAGAGUCUGAAUCACAUGAAGAGCCUGAACUUAAGAGGAAAGUACAACAGAAACGGCACCGUGGUACAUACCAACCGACUCCUCUAUCCCCUGCCUCAAAGAAGUGCUUAACCCAUUUACAGGUUUCUGAACAGCGUGAAUGUUGCCCAAAAUGUGGACAAGAAAAAGAAAAUCAGACCAAAUGCCAAAGUUGUGGUAUUAUUUUUCGUAAUGAUUUGCAAAGAAAUUGUAGACAAGCUGUAACUUUGAAUGAAUCUACUGGACCAUUAUUAAGAACAUCAAUUCAUCAUAAUUCUGGAGGACAGAAGUCACAAAACACAGGAUUAACAACUAAGAAGUUUUAUGGUAACAGUGUGGAAAAGAUUCCAAUUGAUAUUGUGGUGAAUUGUGAUGAUACUAGACACAAUUACAUACAGACUAAUGGAAAAAUCAUUUUACCUGGGGGAAAAAUACCUAGAAUUACAAACUCAAAAGAAAGAAAAACAAGCCUGUCAGAUCUGAAUGAUCCAAUCAUUUUAUCGAGUGAUGAUGAUGACGAUGACAUGACUAACAGAAGAGAGAGGAUAUCUCCUCAACCUGCAGACUCAGCAUGUUCAUCCCCAGCACCAUCCACUGGAAAAGUAGAAGCUGCACUAAAUGCAAACACCUUCAGAACAGAUAAUGAACUAAGAAGCAAUCUAGCCGAAUCAGAGUUAAAUACAGUUACCUUGCCAAGAAAAGCAAGAAUGAAGGACCAGUUUGGCAAUUCUAUUAGCACACCUCUAAAACGCCGUAAAGUGAAUGCUCAUGAAACUUUAGUUAGUCCUGUGUCUUUAAACUGCCAAAAUUCCUAUGAAAGUGUCAUUUUAAAUUGCCGAAGUAUACGAGUAGGAACCCUCUUUCGACUGUUAGUAGAGCCUGUAAUUUUUUCUUUAGAUUUGAUCAAGAUACAUCUUGAUGGACCAGAAAGUGAUCCUGUAGAAAUUAUUUUAAAUACCUCUGAUCUAACUAAAUGUGAAUGGUGUAAUGUUCGGAAAUUACCAGUAGUAUUUCUCCAGGCAAUACCAGCAGUUUAUCAAAAGCUGAGCAUGCAACUCCAAAUGAAUAAGGAAGAUAAAGUUUGGAAUGAUUGUAAAGGACUGAAUAGGUUAACAAGUUUAGAAGAACAGUACAUAAUUUUAAUUUUUCAAACUGGCCUUGAUCCUCAGGCAAAUGUGGUCUUUGAAAGCAUAAUUACUGACAUUGGUAUAAAGAAUAACGUUUCCAACUUUUUUGCGAAAAUUCCCUUUGAAGAAGCCAACAGUAGACUUGUGGCCUGUACAAGAAGCUAUGAAGAGAGCAUCAGAGGAAAUUGUGUACAAAAAGAAAACAAAGUUAAAAUGGUAUCCUUUGAAUCUAAAAUACAACUUAGAAGCAAACAAGAAUUCCAGUUUUUUGAUGAUGAAGAAGAAACUGGAGAGGGUCAUACCAUCUUCAUUGGACCUGUAGAAAAAUUAAUAGUGUAUCCACCACCUCCAGCUAAGGGAGGCAUCUCUGUUACUAAUGAGGACCUGCACUGUCUAAGUGAAGGAGAAUUUUUAAAUGAUGUUAUUAUAGACUUUUAUUUGAAAUAUUUGGUGCUUGAAAAACUGAAGAAAGAAGAAGCUGACCGAAUUCAUAUAUUCAGUUCUUUUUUCUAUAAACGCCUUAAUCAGAGAGAGAGGAGAAGUUCUGAAACAACUAAUCUAUCAAUACAACAGAAACGACAUGGGAGAGUAAAAACAUGGACCCGACACGUAGAUAUUUUUGAGAAGGAUUUUAUUUUUGUACCCCUUAAUGAAGCUGCACACUGGUUUUUGGCUGUUGUUUGUUUCCCUGGUUUGGAAAAGCCAAAGUAUGAGCCUAAUCCUCAUUACCAUGAAAAUGCAGCCGUGCAAAAAAGUUCAACUGCAGAGGACAGUUGUAUUGCUACUUCCUCCAAUGAAAUGGACAGUUAUUCACAGAACUCUCCUGCCAAGCCUGUAAUUAAGAAGAUGCUAAAUAAAAAGCAUUGCUUAUCUGUAACCAGUUCAAGUGCUGGACAGGAAGAAAGUGAGCCUUGUUACCGGAGAAACACAUACAGUGUGAAAUGCAGUGUGAAAAAAAAAAAUCAUGCUAUAAGUGAACAUGAAGAACCAAAUAAAGGAGAAUCUGCAUGCCAGGAGGUUGUUGAUAGGACUAAAAGUGAGAAUGGCCUGCAGGAUGAAUGUUUAAGUUCUAUACAUCAUCCAGAUGGCUUAAGCAAAAUCAGACUAAACUAUGGGGAUCAGUCAACUGAAGGUGGGAAAAUGCUUGAGGAUGAACUCAUUGACUUCUCAGAAGAUCAGGAUAAUCAGGAUGAUAGCAGUGAUGAUGGAUUCCUUGCUGAUGAAAACUGCAAUUCAGAAAUUGGACAGUGGCAUUUAAAGCCUACUAUCUGUAAACAACCUUGUAUUCUACUGAUGGACUCACUCAGAGGUCCUUCUCGAUCCAAUGUUGUCAAAAUUCUGAGAGAGUAUUUAGAAGUGGAAUGGGAAGUUAAAAAAGGAAGCAAAAGAAGUUUUUCCAAAGAUGUUAUGAAAGGCUCUAAUCCAAAAGUUCCGCAGCAGAACAACUUCAGUGAUUGUGGUGUGUACAUACUACAGUAUGUAGAGAGCUUUUUUGAGAAUCCAAUUCUAAACUUUGAACUACCUAUGAAUUUAGUGAAUUGGUUUCCUCCCCCGAGAAUGAAAACAAAAAGAGAAGAAAUCCGAAACAUAAUUCUGAAGCUGCAGGAAGGUCAGAGUCAAGAGAAGCAGCCUAAGGACACUUGUUCCACAGAAGCCCCCUCAGGGGGAGGAGCAGAGCAGUGUGUCAGCAGUGUCCCUGAGUGACCAGGAGCCCACUGCUCCGCAGUUCUGCCUUCAGAACUCUGCGACUUGUAGCUUUGGGUGUGGACAGUGAAGAGCUACAGCUCACUGCUCAGAGAUUGAAGAAUGUUAAAUGCUUGUACAAAAUGUCCUAUAAUUAAUUUCCAAAGGAGAAUAUGUAUUAAGUAAAAGUCUGUAAAUAUGUUAAUGAG